AAUCAAAGCCUUCCUUCUGAACAGAGAGGUGGCUUUUAUGACCCACUACAAGGAGAAGAGAGAUGAAAAACUACGAGGUGAGAAUUCUAGAAAACGAGCAGAGAAAGAAGCACAAUUUAAAGCAAUGCAGCGAAUUCUUGAUGAAAGGAAAGCCGAAAUGUCCUCUACAAAGGCGAAUGAUAUUGAUAAAAAACGUGCUACGCAGAAGCCCCAAAAAUCAGUUGGAAAAGUAUCUCAACCUGCAAAUCCUAGAAAGGAAAAUGCAAAGCCUUCUGUUACAAAGAAGGCUUCACCUAGAACAUCACCAAUGCCUGCUACACGCAAGUCGUGGCCAUCAACACCAACACCAAGAGCCACAGGGGCAUCGCCAGCUAGAACUCCUGUUGCGGUUACCAGCACUACCCCGACCCGUCAAAAACCCAAGCCAACACCACCCAGUGCUAAAGUGGAAAGACCCCCACAGCGACAGAAGAAUGUGAAGGAAUCUGUGAUUACUAAUGAUAGAAGCUCGAAGGGAGUAAAUGAGAAGCAGCAGCAAGCAGUGAAAAAGAGUGGUAAAACAACAAAACCUAAAGUAGUGACAACCUCUGGUGAUUAUUCUGAUAUAAUUCCAGCAAAGCACAACAAGGUGACCAAGAAAAGCAGUGUAGUGCCAGUGGAAUCAAAACCAUUUCUUCGGAAGGGUACUCGAACGAGCCCUGGUGUUGGUCCUGUCGUUAACAAGACAAGAACUUCUCCUCAAUCGGAGGAAUCUUUGGGAAACAACACAAAUAUUAUUGAAACUCAAGAGGAUGAGGUGAUUGGUAGCGCUUCUGAUCCUGUGAGUCAGCAUCAAGAGCCAGAUAUUGUGUCAAUCAGCCUUUCAAAUGAUGCUGUGGAACCAGAAGCUCUGGUAAAUGAUAGCCUGAUGUGUAGUGAGACACAGCAUGUUGACCCAGUUUCUCCUGAUCGUAAUGAUGACUUAAAAAAUGUUGCAGAAUCGUCAAUGCAAGUUCAAGCUGAAGAAGAAUCAACCAUCUCCCCAAGUGCUUGGGUGGAAAUAGAGGAGCAUCAGGCCAUGUCUCCAUGUAACAACGACUCAUCUCAAGUAACCACUUCAGCCAAUGUUGCACCAGCUGGACUGUCAAGUCCUCGUGUCCGCCAUUCUUUGUCCCAGAUGCUGCAAGAGGAAAGUAAUGAACCAGAUAAUAUUGAGUGGGGAAAUGCUGAAAAUCCUCCUGCUAUUGUGUUCCAAAAGGAUGCACCAAAAGGACUGAAGAGGCUCUUAAAAUUUGCUCGGAAGAGCAAGGGAGAUGCCAAUUCGACUGGUUGGUCUAGUCCGUCGGUUUUCUCUGAAGGAGAGGAUGAUGCUGACAGUGUACUCAGAAAGUCUUCGCUUCAUACAAAGAAGUAUGAACCGUACUCUACUCAAUCAAAUAUUAGCAGAUUUGACGGGCAGAGUUCACAUAAGUCACAAGAGAACCGGGAUGCAGCUGCAGGACCUGCAACUAAAGCUGCAACAAGGUCAUUCUUCUCUCUUUCAGCAUUUAGGGGCAGCAAACCAAAUGAGAUGAAGUUUCGCUAAUCCUAGAGACUCGUAGAGUACUGGAGUCAGAUUCUGCAAAACUUUCUAUUCUUCCUUCACUGUCGUUGUAGCAUGCAUGAUGCAUUCAUCCACACGCAGAGACGAUGGACCGUCCCUAUACUUCUGGCAUUUCUUUUUUCUUCUUUCCUGUCGUAAAACUCUGUUUCGGGGUCUUUUGUACAUGCAAUAUAUGCCCUUGUUCUGUUCUUAACCCUUAUGCUUAGGAUGUCAAGUAACUACAGAUCGGUACAUGUCGAGUCGGGUUGAUUUUAUUUAUUCUAGGAACAAAGUUGCUUCAUAACGUAUCCAGUUUCAAGUCUGUAAACUUUGCGUAUAUUGGCAUCAAUACGAAUGCUUUGUGACA